AUGAGAGCUGCGAGUGCCGAUGCGCCGCCUUUGAACCCCUCCCAAACAUCCGCAAACUCGGGCGCAAGCAAGCGCACCACGUCCAAUGGCCAGCAGGUGGUUCUCGACUCGGACGAUGAUUCUCUACCAGACCUUGACUUUGGUCUACCCACCCCCAAAGUCAAGACCAUCGUCACGACCACCACCACACGGUCUAAGCGCAUGUCCGAAGACCAAGAGAACGGUCUACAAAAGCCGGCCAAGAAGGCCAAGGAUAACAAGAACAAGUUUGAUGUACUUGUAAAGACGGCCCACAAGAAUCUCGAGACAGAGCGGCAGAUCAAGGAGCACAGCGCGCUUCUGGACCAGUCCCUUGAAGAACACGCAGAUACUACCCUGGCACUCAACGAGGAACUACUUGGCCAAGCUGUGGACGAUGAUGACGACCCAGAGAAGGCGCAUCGCCUCCUUCAGGCCAUGCAGAGAACGAAUGCUACACAGAUGGAGAGCGUCUACCAUUUCUUCCAGGAUGACUCGGACUCAAUACAAGCGCAGCCCAAGUUCCCCCUCAGCAGCCUGCCUAAGCAUGGAUGGGCCUCGAUUUUUCAAGGGAGUCCUCCACUGCAACACGAUACCCAGGCUCUAAUCUCUUCACAGCUUAGCGAUGUCAUCUCCCAACUACUUGUCAAAGUAACGCAUCCUCUGCUUCAAAGGAACCUAGUCUGUUCGUUCCCAGCGACUUCACCAUUAACGGCAUACCUUCAACGCCACUUGGCUCUCGCGUUAUUAGUCUACCCAGUACCAGUCGAUGUAGAACUCUCAGACCCCAAGCUGCCUGACAUGAUUCACCAAUACCUGGACAAGUCUUCGAAUUUCCGAAUAGACAAGGACACCGACUACGAGCACCUCACCGCACGUUUGACAUUGCUUGACAUUGCCAUUGGGCCUGGCUUAUUGAACGUCCCGUAUCAGCCCCUAUCAAGUCCAACAACGUCAGAAACCGGCUCGUCUCCAGUCAGGGCUCCAGUGCCAGCGUCAUCAGAAGUCAAAGAUUUCAACAACGAGGUGGAUGCGCUUGCUCGGCAGUUCCAGCUACUCAGCAACUCCAUCGUCGAGGCUGGCGCUGCGGUGGAUCUUACCAUCAUGGACGCCAAAGAUUCUAUAGAGAGACUACGGGCACGACUAGAGCACGCUGUGCGGAUAGGCGGAAAGAAGGUCUACAACGUCUUUGGUGAUGAAGAUGAACACACAAAGCCAAAUCUCAGAAGGUUCUUUAAAAGCACGAGCAAAGACGCGCCGAAGAAGUCUAUCUUCGACGAACAGGACGAUGUAGCGGUAUCACUAGCCGAUGACUUGAAAGCCUGA